UUACCGAAGAGUCAGGAUGGGGGCAAUGGGAAAGAAGGCUAGCCUAUGUAUCUCAGUCUGGUGCAACAUCAGUAGUAAACGCGAGAUUAGCCCUGGGGAGACUGGCUGGAGACGCCGGUCUUGAAGGUUCUCUUUUUGUCAGCGUCGGCAAAAGAGCACGGAAAGAAGGCAUUUUCAACAUUGCGAAUAAUUCAUUUGCCCAGGCCGAGGCUGCAGUCGCCAAUAUCUCUGAUUUCGGCUCUUUGCGCAGUUCUCUGAUACUGGAAGUCGCUAAGCUCAAGCGUGACAUGGGAGAGACCAACCUGGCCUUACGAAUACUCGAGCCCGCGGAUGUGGGAGACCUGUUCGAUACCAAGAGCGACCAGCUACAAACGGAAGUCAUCCGCAGAGCGUCUCAGAUGCUGCAACCCUCGGGGAAGCUGCUAAACAACGGAAGGUUUGAUGCAAAUGGCCUACAAGAGAAACGACUCGUUGACUUUUUUGUUGAAUGUGCGCUGCAAUCGACGAGAUGGAUGAUGGAUGGUGGAUUAAAAGCAGGCGCAGAAAUAAUGUACCGAUUUCGAACGAUACAUCGGAUUGCACCUUCCUUUGAAAAGGCCCACUUUCUAUACGCCAAGUACCUCGAUUCUGUUCUAAAAUCUCGAAUUUCAGCGUUGCAAAGAAGACAAACAGGUCAACUGCCGGGGUUAGAUGAGGAUGACUUACGGAGUCGAACGAUUGGAGCCGACGAAGCUUGCCAGCGAAAUGUUCUACGAAUAAUGGAGCACUAUACACAGACAUUGUGUCUCAAUUCGAUACAUGUCUACAAUGCAUUACCACGAUUGCUCUCCCUUUGGUUCGAUUUUACGUCUAUACAAAGUAGUAUCGAGGACCGGGAAGUGCAAGGCAACUUGAAGCAGAAUCAGGAGGAAGCCAAUGUGUUUAUGGGUAAUCAUUUUAAAAAGAUUCCUGCGCAAGCCUUCUAUACUGCUCUUCCUCAGCUGGUAUCGCGUAUAGUUCAUGUAGAUUCUGACACAGCAUCCGUCGUUCGAGGUAUUUUGAAACGGGUUCUUACAAAGUUCCCGAAACAAGCCAUGUGGCCGCUCGCUUGGUUGCGACACUCAAAAGCUUUAGAAAGGAGAAAAGUAGGAGAUAGCAUAUUUCAGGAUGCCGAGAAGACGCUAGUGAAAGCUUCAAAUCAAACCCACUACAGAGUCUUGAUGGCGUCAAAGGGUCUCUUCAAAUUUUUCCAAGAACUUGCAAAGUACAAGAACUCGGAUCUAUCCACUCAAUCAAUAAAUGUCAAGCCCUGGAAAGGCGAAGUAGAUCUAACUGAAUUUAUUCCUCCCGUUCAAGCAGCGUUGUCAGCUUCACUGGACUCAUCUGAGAGCGCAUUUAUGAGCGAUCCGUUUCCUAGACAAGUUCCACGCAUGAGAUUGUUCUCACAGCGCGUUUCUGUGAUGAGCUCGAAGGCCCGUCCCAAGAAAUUGAAAGCCUAUGUUGUUGCAGCUGACUCUAGGCUGUCCUCAGCAUGUGCAAGUAAUGGAACGGAUCAAAAUCUACCCGACAUUGGUGAGAUUCAUUUUCUUGUCAAACAGGAGGCAAAAGGUGACCUUCGCAAGGACGCACGUGUUCAGGAGCUAAAUAAUGUUAUCAACCGGCUAAUGGCGAAUUCGAGGGACUCAAAAGGACAUACUACGCACAAUAGACGGCACGGACUAAGAACCUUUGCUGUCACUUGCUUAUCAGAAGACACAGGUCUGCUGGAAUGGGUGCCCAAUACGUCUUCACUUCGAAGUCUCGUAUCGGUAGCGUACAAUCCACAGGCAAACGCGUUCUCUUCUCGGCGACGUGGAUCCCGCCUAGUUGCAAUGAACGAUCCAGUUUUGCGAGGAAAUUUUGAGAAGAAAUGCCAAGCAAUGUAUUUCUCAGACGGAAACCUACGGAAAGCCGCUACUUUGUUUGAAGAACUCUGUCUCAGACAAUACCCUCCUUUACUCUAUUGGUGGUUUGUACAAACGUACUUGGAUCCGCAUUCCUGGUACGAAGCUCGAAUCAGAUUUACAUUGAGUGCUGCUGCUUGGUCGGCUGUCGGGCACGUGAUUGGUCUCGGAGAUCGACAUUCAGAGAACAUUCUGGUCGAUGCAUUGAACGGGGAAUGUGUCCAUGUGGACUUCGAUUGCAUUUUUGACAAAGGCCUACUGUUGCCUCGCCCAGAAGUUGUUCCGUUCCGUUUAACUGCAAAUAUGGUGGACGCCUUCGGGCCGACCGGGGUGGAUGGCGUCUUUCGGAGUGGAUUAAAAUCAGCCAUGACUACCCUUCGCGACAAUCGCGAUACACUACUGUCCGUCUUGGAGCCGUUUGUCAAGGAUCCCGUGAUUGAUUGGAAAAGAUACCGAUCACAUCAACGCAACGACGCGACACCGACACAGGAACGUCCCGUAAUGGAAAUGAAGCGAUCAAUUAACGUGAUUGAUGAGCGUUUGCAGGGCAUCUACAAUUUAGGAAAUCCAAACGCGAAAAAAAUCCGAAGGACAGAUGGGUUCAUCGAUCAGGAAGACGACAAAAUAACCCAAAUGUUACCUUUGUCUGUCGAAGGGCAAGUGCACAAAAUGAUUGCCGAAGCAACGAGUAGCGAAAACUUGGUUCAACUGUAUGUAGGAUGGAUGCCGUGGGUAUAGCUCUUUUGGCAGCAAUCAAAGACGAGAGAAAUCAGUUUUGCUUCACUUAAUCUACCUAGCCUAGAAGCACAGCAAAUUGUG